AUGCAGGGACCUGAAGAUGAGGCUUUUGUUAAGGGUAGCAGGGUUUCAUCAAACUACCUAUUAGACUCUACAAGCAUAUUCAUAACUAAUGAGGUAUUUGAGAGCAAACACGCAUUGAUUGAAUGGAUUCACGCACAAGCAAUGCAAAAUAAUCUGGUGGUGGUUACUAUGAGGUCUGAUUCUGGGGGUGUUGGAAAAAGACGGAACAGACCUAGGAUAACAUUUUGUUGUGAAAGAAGUGGUGAGUAUAGGCCAAGGAAAUCUAAUCGUUCCGAUGAUUCAAAUUUUGGUUCUCAAAGUAAAACAGGGAAGCAUUCACGCCCGAGGAACACUGGUACCAAAAAGUGUGGAUGCCCAUUCUUAUUGAGGGGAUUGAAUGUUGGAGAUGGAAAUGAAUGGAAAUUGGAAGUUGUAUGUGGGGUGCAUAAUCAUGACGCUUCAAACUAUCUCCAAGGACAUAGUUAUGCAGGGAGGUUGACUGAAGAAGAAAAUCAGCUCUUGGUGGAAAUGUCUAAGAAUUUUGUGCGACCUAAGCAAAUUUUGACUACCAUAAAGAAAAGAGAUGGGCUAAAUGUGUCAACGUUGAAGACAAUAUAUAAUGCUAGACAAAGGUACAGGACAAAAGAUUUGGCCGGAAGAACACAAAUGCAGCAAUUGUUAAGUAAAUUAUCUCUUCACGGCUAUAUUGAGCAUCACAGAAAUAUUGAACAAGAUGAGGUUUUGUCAGACUUGUUUUGGACUCAUCCCACAAAUGUUGAUAUUCUACGUUCAUUCCCACAUGUAAUUAUAAUGGACUGCACCUACAAGACUAAUAGGUAUCAUUUUCCACUUUUGGAGAUUGUUGGGGUGACAUCAACUAACAUCACAUUCACUGUUGCAUUUGCAUACCUUAAUUCAGAGAAGGAAGAUAAUUACUCAUGGGCUUUGUCUCGGUUGAAGGAGCUAUUUAUUGAUGAUCUUCCUCAUGUUUUAGUUACAGAUAGAGACUUGGCGCUUAUGAAUGCCAUACGUAAAAUAUUUCCUACUAGCCACCAUAUGUUGUGUACAUGGCAUAUUAGUAAUGAGGUGUUUGCAAAAUGCAGUAGCAUGUUUGAAACCACAGAAAUGUUUGAGAUGUUUAAUGAUACUUGGCAAUUUGUGAUUACUUCCAAAACUAAGGAGGAGUAUCUGGAGAGGCUGAAGUCAUUUGAAGUUGGGUACAAAUCAUAUCCAGAUGCUAUUUCCUAUUUGAAGGACACUUGGUUAAUGCACAAGGAAAAGUUUGUAUCAGCAUGGACAAACAAGUUUAUGCAUUUUGGUACUACUACUUCCAAUAGGGCUGAAAGUGCACAUGCAAAGCUAAAACGACAACUUGGGUCUAGCCAACUUAACUUUGAUUUGUCAUGGGACAACAUCCAUUCUUUAAUAGAGCUGCAACAUACUGAUAUUAAAGUAUCAUUUGAAAAGAGUCGUUGCACUAUCCAGCAUUCUGCUAAGCAUGAGGAGUUGAGAGAGUUAAGAGGCUUUGUAUCUAUCACAGCAUUAAAUAACAUAAUCUGUGAGUUAAAAAGGAUUGACAAGUGUGAAGGAAAUGUCGAUUCAUGUCAAUGUACUCUUCGUUAUACACAUCAGCUGCCAUGUGUUCACGAGAUUGUCUCAUACAAAAGUAGUAACAAUCCCAUUCCACUUGAGUGUAUUCAUCCUCAUUGGAAGAAGUUAGAUUUCAGUAUUCUCCCUCCAAAGAGCAGCAGCAGGAGAUCAAAUGUUGUUCAUCUUAAACCAUAUAUGAUAAGAUUAGAGGAGUGGUUUGAGGAACAAAAUGAGGAGAGGAAGAGACAACUUUUAUUGAAGUUAGAGGAGUACAUGAAUCCGAGUUCUACAUCUCUUAAAGUGCCACAAGUGAAGACCAAUAAUCGAGGCCGUCCACGUAAAGAAGAUUCCUCCACUCGUCGUUUACCUUCUGCCUUUGAGUAUGUGAGUGCAUUAUCAGGCCAUGAUAGUCAGUCAUCCAAUCCCACCGUUGGGUCUCAGAGAAAAAAAUCGAAGAAGGUUUCAAAGAAUAAACAACAAUCAGAGCCCAAAGAGUCGCAAGUAUACAUAAAAAGGAAAAAUAAGGUGCUCAACAAUUCAAACCAGAAGGUUUCAAACAACAUUUGCUCGUUUGUACUACCUAGAUUGACAUACGAAUAUACGACACUAUUUCCUACUAUGUAUCAACAAUACAUUGCAAAUCAAACGGAUGUUGAUAUGGAUGGAAACUGUGGAUAUAGAGUCAUUGCUAUCUCAAUGGGGUUUGGUCAUGAUGAUUGGCGUAUAGUACGUAAACAUUUACUAGAUGAGCUUAGAGGGAAUCGAACUUUCUAUGAAGACCACAUUUAUGGGGCUAAACAGUUUCGUGAGCUAGAGAAUUGCCUUGAUUAUUUUGUUGACGGGUGUGCACCUACUGACUUUUGGAUGACCAUGCCUGAUAUGGGACACAUUAUUGCCACAUGUUAUGGGGUGACAGUAAUUCAUUUAUCGUCCACAAUGUGCGUUACUUUUCUUCCUUUAUAUAAAAGAAAUGAACGUCGAAAUGAAUACCGUGAUGCUUGCGAUGUUGGUGAAUUUGCAAUUGGAUACGUUGGCCGUCAUUUUGUUAAGGUAAAUUUAAUAUCUCAAUCUGCUCCAAUUCCUCCUGUUAGUCCUGUAUGGCAUAGAUACCAAGUUGAUAAUGGACAACUGUACCGUAUUUAUGAACAACGUAUAGAUCAGUUCAAGAACCUCAAAAGUAUGGAGACCGUUGCUACUAGAGAUACAUUUAUAGACAUUAUGCAUCUUGAUAUCGAUUGA